GAAAACCGGGGUUCUCGCUAUAAAUACGUCGCCUUGGCCGCCCCAUUCCCCUAGCUUUGCUUUACUCCAACACUUUCUCUCUCUAUUUCAUCUCUCUAGCUCUGAAUUCCUUCUCUGCCACCUAUUUUUUCGGCGCCUUUCUCACCAAGACAGAGAGGCUCUCUGCCUUAUCCUGCACGCUCUCUCAGUUUUUUGGCUUUGAAAACCCUAGCUUUCUCUCUCCAUUUAACCCGAGGCUUUUCUCCUUUCUUUCUUGUGUUCUUUCUUUGUUGAAUCGGAGCUUUUCCGGGCUGUUAUCUCUUUAAACUGAGGAUUUUCCGGCUUUUUACUCUUGUCUGCAACUUUCAUGGCGGUUGAAGCUCUUCAGAUGGUGAGCCGCUCCAUGAACGACGGCUUAGGAAGAAAUAGUGAGGAGACCUCAGCUCCUCCUAAAGAAACUCACUUCAGAGGAGUGAGGAAGAGGCCAUGGGGUCGUUUCGCUGCUGAGAUAAGAGAUCCGUGGAAGAAGACCAGGAAAUGGCUUGGAACCUUUGACACGGCCGAAGAAGCGGCUCGCGCCUAUGAUGCAGCGGCUCGUAACCUCAGAGGCCCAAAGGCCAAGACGAACUUCACCAUAGCUGACGAUCUCAGAUCUGACACCAUUCAGGCCACCGAUCUGACACACUUCAGGCCGUGGACCUCCUCUUUCUAUGCCGCUCCUUCUAAUACCACCUCCUCCUCCUCUUCUGAAACCACUGAUUUUGGUGGCUUCUCGAAAGGCGGUUUUCCUGCAACCGAGAAAGCAGCAGGUUUCUCCAAAGUUUUUCCGGCGGCUGAGAAAGGCGGUUUCCCGGUGACUGCUGAGAAGAAAACCGAUUUUUCUGCUAACUGUGACCUGACUCUGACACAAAGCAAGAGGCAGGAGCCGCAGUUUUUGUUCGAUCUUAACCAGCCGGCGCCGUUAUUUUGAGGUUUAUAUUUCCAUAUAACGAUAUUCUCCGAUGAGUUUUUGGACGGGAAAUUCGACGGCGGUGACGCUUUUUUAUUUCCUUCGUUUUUGCUUUAUCCAUUCCGGGAUUAAAUCGGCGAUGUAUUUUCUUUCUUUUCGUCUUUGUACAGUUUUCUUCUCAUCUGAAUCUCCGAUUAUCGGCGAAAUUCGAAAUUCUUUCCUCUUUGGAAAUUUGCGUGAAA